UUGGCUUGUUCCUUCGUCCCUCCGGCCUCCAGCCUCCAGCCUCCAGGCCAGCAAGCAAACAGUAGCGCAGUAUAUAUUGGCAAAGCAUCCCUUUCUCGUUUCCUCGCUCGCAGUCGCAACACGUUUCCACGCCGUCCCUCCGCUUACCCGGCCGGCCAUCCCCAUUCCCAUCCUUUUCUCCUCCUCCUCCUCAGCCGGCCAAGCUCGCUACCGCCUCGGCGCUCCUCCUCCGGCUCGGAAUGCGCGAUGCGAGGGCUCCGCAGCUCCAGCAGCGAGCCCAUGGCGGCGUCGGCGUCGUCGUCGUCCUCCUCGUCCUCCUCGCAGGCGCCGCCAGCGGCCAGCAGCAGGCGCAGCCGCCGCCGGUAGUACCUCCGGCGGACCUGCCGGACGUGGAGAGGCAGCUCAACAACCUGACCAACGACAUCGCAGUCACCAUCUCCGACAAGUUCAGCUUCUGCGUUGCCGACCUGGAGGAGGACUGGAACGAGGCCUUCAACUACACGUCCGACCUCAGCUUCGUGGAUCGGUGCCUCACGGAGACCCAAGGCGACCUGGUCCAGCGUCUAUGCACGCCGGACGAAGUGAAGUUCUACCUGGCAAGCCUGUACGACCGCGACGGCGACAAGAACAUCAACCUCAAGACGAACAUAAACUGCAACAUCUCGUCCUGGGGGAGGGGGUGCGACGCCGGAUGGGCCUGCGCCGCCGACCCGGUGGUCGUCGUUCGGGAUCCCAGGAACGGCGUCCCGCUCAGAGCGAGGGGCUGCCAGGCAUGCUGCGAGGGCUUCUUCUGCCCGCGCGGCCUCACUUGCAUGCUCCCUUGUCCGCUAGGCUCCUACUGCCCACGCGCCACGGCGAACCAGACGACUGGCCUCUGCGACCCGUACAAGUACCAGAUCACCCCGAACUCGACGAACGGUUGCGGAGGCGCUGACAUGUGGGCCGAUAUCCAGAGCACCGAAGAGAUCUUCUGCCCGGCUGGUUACCACUGUCCGAGCACAACAAGGAAGGACAACUGCAGCACUGGGCACUAUUGUAGGCUCGGUUCCACCGCUCAAGAGAAGUGCAUAAUAAAGGGCUCCUGCGAUGAGAACACGGAGAACGAAAACGUCAAGAUCCUUGGAGCUUGCAUAGUGGGUGCUCUGUGCCUGCUGCUACUGGUCAUAUACAACUGCUCGGACAAGUUCCUCAGCAUCCGCGAGCGGAGGAAAGCGAGGUCGAGGGAGAACGCCAUCCAGCUGGCCCGGCAGCAGCUGAAGGCGCAGGAGGGGUGGAGGGCGGCGAAACAGUUUGCGAGGAGGCAUGUGAGCGGCAUGCAGGGCCAUCUCUCGCGCACGUUCUCGAGACGGGUGUCGUUUCGGCAGCCGGUGGACCCGCACAGCUCCAGCCGCAGGGUGCAGGAGGCGCCGCUGAUGACGCAGGAGAUGUCAGACUCUGCCGUGUUUGCGUCCGAGAGCAGGAGCGAGAUCACGGAGGUGGUGAUGCCGUCGGUUGUUGUCGACGUCAGCGACGGCGGAGAGGUCGUCGUGGUGGACACGAAGGAGGACAAGCCUGCGCCCAAGGGAAAGCACAGGUCCACCCAUACACAGGUGUUCAAGUACGCGUACGGCGAGAUCGAGAAGGAGAAGUUCCAGCAGCAGCAGGAGAGCAGGAACCUGACCUUCACCGGGGUGGUUGCCAUGGCCAAGGAUCAGCAGAGGGAGAUAACGAGGCCGUUGAUCAAGGUCGAGUUCAGGGACCUGACGUUGAUGCUCGGGAAUAAUAAGAAGAAGAAGCUGCUGAGGUCCAUCAACGGCGAGCUCCGGCCGGGGCGUGUGACUGCUGUCAUGGGCCCGUCAGGCGCCGGCAAGACCACGUUCCUCAACGCCGUCACCGGGAAGCUCAACGGCUACAAGAUGACGGGCUCUGUCCUCGUUAAUGGAAAGGACGUCAACAUCCGCUCUUACAAGAAGAUCAUUGGCUUCGUGCCGCAAGACGACAUCGUCCAUGGGAACCUCACCGUGGAGGAAAACCUCUGGUUCAGUGCAAAGUGCAGGCUACCUGCAAGCAUGAAGCAUCGCGACAAGGUGCUGGUAGUGGAGAGAGUAAUCGACUCUCUGGACCUUCAGGGGACCAGGAACUCGUUGGUGGGAACCGUGGAAAAGCGCGGGAUUUCUGGCGGGCAGAGGAAGCGCGUCAACGUGGGCAUCGAGAUGGUGAUGGAGCCAUCCCUUCUAAUCCUGGACGAGCCAACGUCUGGCCUGGACAGCUCCUCGUCGCAGCUCCUCCUCAGAGCUCUCCGGCACGAGGCGCUGGAAGGCGUCAAUGUCUGUGCUGUCGUCCACCAACCCAGCUACACGUUGUACAACAUGUUCGACGAUCUGAUGCUGCUCGCGAAAGGAGGCUUGGUGGUCUACAACGGCCCCGUAAAGACGGUCGAGGAGUACUUCACGACGACUCUCGGGAUCCAUGUCCCCGACCGUGUCAACCCGCCAGACCACUACAUUGACAUCCUUGAGGGCAUCGUUAAGCCUGAGUCUGCUGGCAUCAUCAAAGCCAAGCAUCUGCCAGUGCACUGGAUGCUUCACAAUGGUUAUGAAGUGCCAAGCGACAUGCAGGACGAUGCCAAGGAGAUCGGCGAACAGACCCCACAGUUGAGGUCCGGCUCCUCAGUUUCUGCUGGCUCAACCCCUCACUGCCUCCCCCUCAGGAACGCCUUCGCAGAAGAGCGCGACCGUCUCGAGCAACAUUUGUCGAAACCCAAGGACCUGUCUAGCAGAAAAACGGCAGGGAUACUCAUGCAGUACAAAUACUACUUGGGAAGGGUCACGAAGCAGCGGCUGCGUGAAGCUAGGCUGCUCAUGGUUGAUUUCCUGAUACUUGGCCUAGCUGGUAUCUGCUUAGGGACGAUAGCGAAGCUCAGUGACAAGACAUUCGGGAUGCCUGGCUACAUAUACACUAUCAUUGCAGUUUCUCUUCUGUGCAAGAUUGCAGCACUGCGGUCAUUCUCACUGGAGCGGCUGCAGUACUUCAGGGAAAGAGAGUCUGGGAUGAGCUCUCUGGCAUACUUUCUUGCUAGGGACACGAUUGAUCAUUUCAGUACGGUUGUGAAGCCCAUCAUUUACCUGUCUAUGUUCUACUACUUCAAUAACCCAAGAUCAACGAUUGCCGACAACUACAUCGUGCUCCUCGCGCUUGUGUAUUGUGUGACGGGGAUCGGAUACACUUUCGCUAUCUGCUUCAGUCCUGGCUCAGCGCAGCUGUGUUCUGCACUUGUACCGGUUGUUCUGACCCUGUUAGCCACUCAAAAGAGCACUCCGACAUUCAUCAAGAGACUGUGCUACUCAAAAUGGGCGUUGGAGGGCUUCAUAAUUGUAAAUGCCAAGAAGUAUCCUGGAGUCUGGCUUAUAACUCGCUGCGGCCUGCUGUUCCAGAAUCAGUUUGAUAUCCACAACUACAAGCUCUGCAUUCUGAUUUUGUUCAUGUAUGGUCUCUUCUUCAGGAUGGUGGCAUUUGCUGCAAUGAUUUUACUCAAGAAGAGAUGAAUGUAGUAGUUUAGGUGUACCGUUUAGUUCAUAUCUAAUUUCUUCAUUCAUUUGCACAUGUGUAAAUCAUUUCGGAUGAGAGGUUUUAUAGCACUGACCAGUGUACAGAUGAGAAAAAAAGGCAAAUACAAAUUCAGAUUUUUUUUGGCAUUAUUCUUUUUA